UUUUUAUUUUUUUUGUAAGAAAAAGUAGUCUGAACCCCGCAACUUAAAAGGCCGAUUGUAUGAAAUUACCCGAAUAUCUUGGGGGAACACCGGAACAGGCAAGAUACUCCCGUACUCCACCACAUUGCCUAUACAACUCCAUAUCCACAUGAUCACAUCGCAAAACACCAUUUUCUGUUAUUCACACCUUUGAUUCAAAAUUCUAUCCUUUGAAUAAUGAAUUCUGUCAAACUAUUAUUUUAGUGUAAAAAGUUGGCAAGUAAAGCAAGUGACUGAUACACACAUGUCAUAUCAAUCUCAAUGAAGAUUCUUAGAUCAAGAAUCCAGACAAACCAAUCAUAUACUAUAUCAUCAAUUUUGGAUUUGAUUAUUCCGUUUAUCAUUUUCAUCCUAAACCAUAACCAAAGUUUUCACCUUUGACAUUUUUUCGCACUCACCCAUUUUCAUUUCUAACUCUCUUUCUUAUUUCAGUGUUGAUUUCUCAAACCCCAUUUUACAUCAUUGCCAAAGUUCCAACCUUUUUUUUUCUUCAGUUUUUUAGCCUACAAUUAAAAAAUGAGCUUGGAAAUGGAAGAAAAACAACCCCAAAAACUCUCUAAAUUUAGAUCUAACUCCCCUUUAAUUCAAGUAUUUCUUAUAGGGUUAGUAUGUUUUUGUUGCCCAGGUAUGUUUAAUGCACUAUCUGGUAUGGGAGGUGGUGGGCAGGUUGAUCAUACAGCAGCAAACAAUGCAAACACAGCUCUUUACACUACAUUUGCAGUUUUUGGAAUUCUGGGUGGUGGAAUUUACAACAUUUUAGGCCCUAGACUCACCUUGUUCGCCGGCUGUUCGACGUAUGUCCUGUAUGCUGGCUCAUUUGUGAACUAUAAUCACCACCAUUCUCAGACAUUUGUGAUUGUUUCUGGUGCACUUUUGGGUGUUGGUGCUGGUUUACUUUGGGCUGGUCAAGGUGCAAUCAUGACUUCAUAUCCUACAACUAAGAGAAAAGGGACUUAUAUUAGUAUGUUUUGGAGUAUUUUUAAUAUGGGGGGAGUGAUUGGUGGAUUGAUUCCAUUUAUUUUGAACUAUAAUAGGGGUGAGGCUAAUUCUGUUAAUGAUGGGACUUAUUUUGGGUUUAUGGGUUUUAUGGGUUUUGGGGCGAUACUUUCAUUAGCUAUAUUGCCACCAAGUGAAGUGAUUAGGGAUGAUGGUAGUGUGUGUACUCAUAGUAAGUACUCGAAUGUAGCAACUGAAGUUGUCGAGGUUUUAAAGUUGUUCAUGAAUUGGAGGAUGUUGUUGAUUGUGCCAGCAGCUUGGGGGAGCAACUUUUUCUAUACUUAUCAGUUUAAUAAUGUAAAUGGGGAGUUGUUUAAUUUGAGGACUAGAGGGUUUAAUAAUGUCUUCUAUUGGGGAGCUCAGAUGUUGGGGUCGAUUGGAAUUGGAUACUUGAUGGAUUUCAGCUUUCAAAGUAGGAGGAAGAGGGGUAUCCUUGGGAUUAUGGUGGUUGGUUUCCUUGGGACUGCAAUUUGGGGAGGUGGUCUUGCUAAUCAGCUAAGGUAUUCAAGAGAUCAUGUUCCUGAGAAGUUGGAUUUUAAGGAUUCCGGUGCUGCUUAUGCUGGUCCCUUCCUGUUAUAUUUUAGCUAUGGCUUGUUGGAUGCUAUGUUCCAAAGCAUGGUUUACUGGGUUAUUGGUGCUCUGGCUGAUGAUUCUGAGACACUGAGCAGGUAUAGUGGCUUCUACAAGGGAGUGCAGAGUGCAGGGGCAGCAGUUGCUUGGCAAGUUGAUGUGCACCGUGUUUCCUACCUAAAUCAGUUGAUUGUGAACUGGGUACUGACUACAGUCAGCUAUCCCCUCCUGCUUCUGCUUGUAAUCAUGGGGGUGAAGGAUGAAAACAUUGUUUAAGAGCAAAUCAUUGAAGAUGAGGGUAAUGGUAAGAUAAGCGAUGUUAUGUGAUGCUUAUGUUUACUGUUGCACUCUUCAGAUACUCCUGCUAUUCAUGCUGGAAUUGUAUAGUCAUAGUGAAGAAAUGAUGUAAUUUUAGGGUAAGUGCACUCUUACGCGACAUGUCUCAUACUUGACAUGAAUAUAAAUAGGACACAUGUGGAUGUUUAACCGAAUAAUCUGUUAUUAAUAACAGUGGUAAUCUGUCAAAAGAUUUCACUUUGCUUCUUUA